UAUAUUCAAGUUCCGCAAGCCUUACCUCGACCAAACCAAUGACAACAGCGAAACCUCUUCAUUUUCCGCCUACUGACCCUAACAUUCUACAUCUGCUGUUAUCGACCUAACGAGCAUCUGAUCUGUCACGAUGACAGGCCCUCCGAACAAACGGCAGAAGCGAGAUGAGUACAGGAAAGCUCAAGAGAAGCUAAAGGCUGGAGUGAACGGCACCGAAGGCGGCAAAAUCGAACUACCCAAGAAGAAAUUCUAUCGGCAACGCGCCCAUGCGAAUCCUUUCUCCGACCAUGCUCUACAAUAUCCUGAAUCUCCAGCCAACAUGGACUGGACGACACAUUAUCCGGCAUUCGUGGAGCAAGAUACCGAGAAGAACAUUGCGCAAGCCAUGACCAAAGAAGUCGAAAUUGCAGAUAUCGGGUGUGGAUUCGGUGGCCUGCUUAUUGGCUUGUCGCCUUUGUUCCCAGAGACCUUGAUGCUUGGAAUGGAGCUACGAACACAGGUGACCGACUAUGUGAUCAAUCGGGUUGCAGCACUAAGAGCCCAGAAUCAAUCCGCCACUGAGAGGUAUACACCAUACCAGAAUAUCUCUGCACUUCGAUCGAACACAAUGAAGUUUCUCCCGAACUACUUCCACCACGCACAGCUUUCCAAGAUCUUCCUUUGUUUUCCGGAUCCUCAUUUCAAGCAGAGAAAGCACAAAGCCCGUAUCGUUUCGGCGCAGCUCAAUGCUGAGUAUGCAUUCGUCACGAAACCCGGUGGCCUAGUCUACACGAUCACCGACGUCGAGGAACUGCACCAAUGGAUGGUGAAGCAUUUCGUGAGUGAGGAGGCAGGGGAUGCCAGAGAAUUGUGGGAGAGAGUACCGGCGGAGGAGCUUGAAUCUGAUCCGUGUGUCAAGGUUAUGAGCGAGGAGACUGAGGAGUCCAAGAAAGUCACGAGAAAUGGUGGCAAGAAGUUCAUUGCGGUAUUGAGAAGAAAACAGGAUCCGGAGUGGCCCAAUUGACCAAGUCGAAACGCUAAACGCAGACGCUGAUCGAAGCAUACCCGCCACAAAGCGCUGACAACCAAAGGUCAAAGCUCCCACACCCGAAGGACGUGUGCCCUUACGGCGCCUCCUUCUCGAUUUUCCCGUUGGUCAAGGUGUCUCCGCUGUGUCGCUCCGCGUUGCUGUCGGUGGGCGCCAUGCCAACGACUUCACCACCUUUUAGAGCGUCCACGUCGAUUUGAGGUCCAGUGUAAUUCUUUCGCCCAUCCACGAACCAUUGGAUCAUCGA